GUUAGCAUGGCAGCUUGUCUGUUCACGAUAGCUAGUUAGCUCAACAGUAUCAGAGAGUUGCAUAACCAUCCUAAAUAAACAUUUCAGAUAAUUUCCCCAUGCAAUGUUAGGCAGCUAUGGGAUUCAACCGGUUACACUGGUGUUUAACAAUUCCAAAAACUGCUUUCUCCACUUGUCACCCAACUUAAUCUCUCUGCUGUGUCUCCGAGAGAGUCAGGUGUUGGAGUUGUCCUGGGCUGAUGGUGAUAAACCCGUGUUCUUAAGCUGGAUCAGAGGUGGGAACACAUCAUCAUCAGUUCAGGAGGACAGGGUUGAGCUCAGCAGACAGCUGGGAGAGAAGCUUGGGUUAUGUGAAGGAACACAGGGGUUCCUGAGACCAUGUGCUCAGGUGCAGUCAGUGCAGCAGGUGUUUGUGGAACCUCUCACUUCAGAUGAUUGGGAAAUCCUGGAGCUUCACUGCUUGGCACUAGAACAGCAACUUUUAGACCAGAUCCGAGUGGUCUUCAGGGAUGCAGUGUUCCCUGUGUGGGUGGACCAACACACUGUCAUCUACAUCAAGAUAGUCUCCAUCUCUCCUUCUGUCUCAUACGGCCGAUUGGAGCAGUUCACUGAACUGGUGGUCUCUCCCAAAGUUCGACCUGAAAGCAGGCAACUUCUUCAUGCUUACCCAGGUACAGAACCAAAAAACCAACUUCUGCGAAGGCAGCAGGCCGCUGAUCUCACAUCCUUAUCUAUUACCUCCUCCACUGGAACCGACUCUCUGCCUGAGUCCAUCACCAAUCAGCCAGAUUGCAGGCAGAGUAAUCGGGGUGGUAUGGCUGAGCUGAGGAGUCUGUUAAGGUAUGUGUUCACGGGAAAAUAUGAGCCUGCAAAGGAAAUUCCUGAAGUGCCUUGUAUCCCUGUUGUCUUCCAAGAUUGCGUACUUCGAGUGUGUAAAUCUCCACCGGCAGCAAUCAGUCAUCUCGGGUCAAGUCAUGGGGACGUUCAUGUAUUCCCAUGGCACGAAUCAGACCGUUGGAGUAGAGGACAGUCUGUAUUAACUUACGGUAGACUAUCAAAGAUUCAAUCUCCCAAGGAAAUGAGGGAGCAAGCUAGACGAGCGCUGGAGAAGAAGAAGAGCAGCGGCUCUCAGAUUGAUACAGAAAUGCAGGAACACACAGAAGAAUCUGUGGUGGUUAGGAUGAUUUGCCACGAUGUACAGAAGCUGCAACUGGAUCAGACAUUCUGUAAAGUGGGAGAAAUUUAUAGUGGGAAGGUUUGGAUCCCAAGCAAUUUACGAGGCAGGUUGAGCGUUGAUACACACUGUGCUGUGAAAAUCCGUCCUUUGAGAUGCACCCCUAAAGUAGCACUAGCUGUUUCACUUCAGCCCUUACAUCCGCUGGCUGAGAGUGAAAGAGAGGAAGACGUUCAGUCAGCUUUCCUUGGCUGGCUUCAUGCUCUGAGCCAUCAGCCUUUAGCGUGUCUAACAGCACGGACCGACAUCAUUGUCCUGCGGUGCAAUGAAGAAAAGUCUGAGUUUAUGUUGACUGUACUGAAACCUGAAGCCGAGCUAAAGCAAGUGGACGAGAUCUUUCUUUUAUCUACAAGUGCCCUAUAUCAAGCAGAUAUACAGGUUGUCAAGGAGCCUUAUGUGUCGAUCCAUACAACAGCGCACGAUGCAGACAGGUCACCUUGCGCUGGCUUUCCUGCCCUCAGCUCUCUUGGUGGUGUAAAGGACAUCGCUAUAUGUGCUUUUGAGCACAUCUCCCACAGUCUGAUGGGAGGUCCACUCUCAUGUGAGCUGAUGUCCACUGGGUGUGGCCUCCGGAGUGGAGCGCUGCUCAUCACAGGAGCUAAGGGCAGUGGAAAGACUUCAUUAGCUAAGGCUCUCUGCACGAAAGCUCUGGAAGAGCUGGAUACCCAUAUCGAGAUCCUGGACUCCAAGAAACUUAAAGGAAAACGAGCAGACACAGUGAGGCAAAGACUGGACGAGGUCUUUGAGCAAGCAGUGUGGAGACAACCGUCAGUGGUCCUGUUGGAUGAUUUGGAUCACGUGACUGGAGCCGCUACCACGCCUGAACAGGAACAGGGUGCAGAGGCAGUGCUGCAUCACCACAUUGCACAGAGCCUGAAGGAUUUGGUGGAUGAAGUGGUGGAACGCUCCAGUUUGGUGACUCUGCUGGUUACAGCGCAGAAUGAACAAUCUCUUCACCCGGUGCUGACUGAAGUCCAGGGUUCACAUUUCUUUCAGAGCUUUUGUAAAAUCGAGCCCCCCAACCAGAUCCAGAGAGUGGACAUCCUGAGGUCACUGAUGACCAGUAAAAACCUCACAUCUGCAGACGACUCUGGGUUUCUUGAUCUGGACAGCAUUGCCAUGAAAACUGAAGGCUAUCUUCCACAAGAUCUGAACCUUCUACUGGACAGGGCCAUCCAUGCCAGUGCUGUACACAACAGAGCUAACGGCAAUACUCAAGGUGAGUGUUUGAGCAGCAUGGACUUGCAUCACGCUCUACAGGGUUUCACACCUCCCUCUCUGUGGGGAGUGCUGUUGCCGGUGCCUAGUGUCGCAGGGAUGGAGCAGGUGGGCGGUCUUCAUCAUGCACGCCAACUUCUUAUGGACACUGUUCUACUGCCUGCCAAGAACCCCGUGCUCUUUUCGAGUCUGCCAAUUCGCCAUCGAUCUGGUGUGCUGCUUUAUGGCGCGCCUGGCACUGGGAAAACUCUGCUGGCUGGAGCUGUUGCCAAGGAGAGUGGCAUGAACUUUAUCAGUAUUAAGGGACCUGAGCUGCUCAGCAAGUACAUCGGUGCUAGUGAGCAGGCCGUGAGGGAUGUGUUUCAGAGAGCACAAGCAGCUAAGCCUUGUAUCCUUUUUUUUGAUGAGUUCGACUCCCUGGCCCCACGCAGAGGACAUGACAGUACAGGGGUCACUGACCGAGUGGUUAACCAGCUGCUCACACAGUUGGAUGGAGUCGAAGGGCUGCAGGGGGUGUACGUGCUGGGAGCCACCAGUCGUCCUGAUCUGAUCGACCCUGCACUGCUGAGGCCUGGGCGGCUGGACAAGACCCUGUACUGCCCUCCUCCAGACAGGGAGGCCAGGCUGGAGAUCCUAAAGGCACUGACUCAUGCUGUGCCAUUGGCUACAGAUGUGGACUUGGAGCAGAUCGCAAAAGGCACGGAGCUGUACACAGGAGCUGACCUGAAAGGACUAUUAUACAAUGCUCAGCUGGAGGCCAUUCACAGCAGUCUGGGACCUAGCAUGCUGGCUGAUUUGGGCUCAGGAUCAGACAGUGAAGUAAGCGUAUCAUCGCUGAUUUUCCUGAACCACAGCAGUGGCUCUGCCGACUCUGCUGGAGAGACUGAGGCUGGAAUGGAGACCUCUGCGGUGGCACUGGAGCACAGCGAGAUCCCCACUGAAGAUUUGGACCACAAUAUCUGGCGCCUGUACUUUGGCAGCUCAUUUGAAUUAGAGCUAGGCCACCAUUCACCUUCUGAGCUGAAUUCACAGUGCAUGUCUGUCCCCAACUCCACCACACACGAUCUGACCGGCGCGUCAGCGCGAGACGUGACUUUUCUUCGAGGGCCAGUGCUUAUGUCGUCCGUGCAGCAGGGCUUCCAGGAACUGACCCCUGAGCAGUCUAAGCACCUGAGAGCCGAUCUCAACACCAUCAAAAGCAGCUAUCACAGAAGCCCAGAGGACAUCGGUUUGGGACAGACGGGCCCGGUUAAACCUGUGGUCCUGAUCUGUCAGUCUCACCUCAUGUCUGCACUAGCGAACACUAGAGCCUCUAUCAGCAGACAGGACUGGAGGAAGUAUACAGAUCUUUAUGAGUCAUUUGGGGCUUUGAGAGAAGGCAAGUCUCAGAACACUGUGCUGUUUACACCAGGUCAGCGAGUAACUCUGGCCUAAUGAGGACUCUACACACCACACACACAGUAUACUUACUUCUUGAUGAAAGAAGGGAAUGUAAGACUUUAACGUAUUUGAAAUAUGUGAAAAGGUAUUAACACUUGAAUCGCAUGUAAAUAAUUUUGCAGGUUUUGACGCUUUAAUCAUCCUUGAUUUAAGGUUUUAUUACUUGUAAUAUAUUUCAGAACUGAUUAAAUUGUUUUGAUUUAUCCAACUCUUUAUUCAAGGAAUUUCAAAAAGCUAACUAAUUUAAUAAUGAUUUACUGUAUUUUUUUUUUUAAAAAGGCCUAAUUUUUAAUCUGCUUAUACAGUAGGAACACAUCAUGAAAGUUUGACAUAUUGUUUACAAAAUGUAUCAUCUGUUUGCUUAUUAAAGCAAAAGUAACUGCUUAAUAAACCAAGCUUUGUUCAA